CGCCGCCGCAGCCGCAGUGUGUGUCAUGUGUUGUUCGUGCGUGUGCCGCGUCGAUUACAUUACGAGAGAAGGUAACGGAAAACAAAACGGUCGCGCCCGGCCUGGCUGAGUAUACCGGUCCGAACGCGAGCUCGGGGGGGACCCACCGGUGUGGAAAUCGUCGUCGCGUGUGACAAGACGUUCCGCGGGGAGACCGAAUGAAAAAAAAAAAGCCCAAGUGGCGGCACGCAUGAUAGCAAACAGUAACAACUAAAUUAAGAUGGUUGUGCAAAAAAUUACAUUUUCGAGAAUAAUUUUCCAAAGAGGAUUGCAUGGUGCGAAUAAAAAAUUAGAUAGUCUCAUAAGAGUCAAUCAUGCUGGAGAACUUGGAGCUGAUCGUAUAUAUGCAGGGCAGAUGGCAGUGUUAGGAAACAGUAGUGUAGGUCCAAAGAUUAAAGAGAUGUGGGAACAAGAAAAAGUACAUAGAAAUAAAUUUGAACAACUUAUAAUUCAAAAUAGAGUGCGGCCAUCAUUGCUAUUUCCUUUAUGGCAUUGUGCCGGCUACGUACUUGGAGCUGGUACAGCACUUAUGGGUCCUAAAGCUGCUAUGGCUUGCACUGUUGCUGUGGAAACUGUUAUCGUAGAACACUACAAUGAUCAAUUGCGAGACCUGAUGAAUGAUCCCGAAUCUGACAAAGAGCUUCUUGAAACCAUUAAAAAGUUUAGGGAUGAAGAACAAGAACAUCACGAUUGUGGUAUUGAUCAUGGGGCUGAGCAAGCCCCAUUUUAUGAUGCAUUAACAAAAGUUAUAAAAACUGGGUGCAAAGUAGCUAUUGAAGUAGCAAAAAGAGUGUGAAGUUAUUAUCUAUAUGAAAUCAUAUUAUAAUCAUGGUUAAAUAUUUAAAUUAUGUAAUAUACUUUUAAAAGAUGAAUAUUUA